AUGAAUUCCUUUCUAGAGGAGAGAUAUCGCACGUUGGAAGCAAUUGAGGAUGUUCGACCCAAUUCUUCCAGCACACAGCAUUCAAGGGAGCCCAGAAGUGCCCAACCAAGGAGGAUGGGCACUCCGGCCAAACCUAUGCUCAAGAUCGACACGACGGCGUUUGUGCUGCCGAACCUGGCCGGCAAUCUUCCGACAAGCACAAUUCUUCUAGGUGCGGAUAUUCUUCCGUCUGUCCUGCUAUCAGGCUGGAGGCCAAACAUAUCCAUAGAGUCCGAAGCAACCAUGGAAACACUUCUCACAAAAUUUUGGGAGGUGGAGGACCUUCCAUGUAGACUGGUAAAGGAGACGGACAAGUUGUGUGAAGACUUUUUCGUCCGAACAACUACCAGAUCCUGCGACGGGAAAUAUAUAGUAUCCCUGCCCUUCAAAGAUUCAGAGCACAUUGACUUGGGGCAUUCGAGGAGUUCCGCACUCGCACAGUUUCUGAGGAAUGAGACUCGCUUGAAAAAGGAGCCUGCUCUCAAAGACACUUAUGACUCAGUGAUCCAAGAAUAUAUCGAUCUUGGCCAUAUGAAGCCGGUGCCUCCGAAUACCGACAAGAUAAAUUUUUAUCUACCCCAUCACGCAGUAUUCAAGCCCGAAAGUGCGACCACGAAAGUUCGUGUAGUUUUCAACGCAUCCAGUCCUUCUUCCAAUGGGAACAGCCCUAAUGACAUUCUGUAUCCAGGGCCAGUACUGCAGUCCGAUCUCACUCUUCAAAUCCUGAAGUGGCGGACGUUUAAAUUCGUUUUCAAUGCCGACAUCACCAAGAUGUAUCGGCAAAUUCUCCUAAACCAAGAGCACACUCCGUUUCAGAGGAUUCUCUUUCGAAAUGGCCAAGGGGAUAUAUCCGACUUCGAGCUUCAGACGGUCACGUUUGGAGUGAAUUGUGCCCCUUUCCUGGCCCUACGAACACUGCAACGAUUGUCCGACGAUGUCAACGCCCAAUAUCCACGGGCGUCGCAUAUAAUCUCAAAUUAUAUGUAUGUCGACGAUGUGCUAGCAGGAGCCCAUACAGAAGCUGAAGCUAUUUUAGCCAUUCAGGAGCUGCAAGCAGCUCUGAACUUAGCUGGAUUCCCUCUCCGCAAGUGGACAUCGAAUGAACGUGCACUCCUUAAAGCACUUCCUAAAGAGCAUCUACUUUCGACUGACUUUCUUGAUCUCGAAGAGGUCAGCACCACUAAGACAUUGGGAGUACGGUGGAACGCUACGACGGAUGAGUUCUAUUUUGUCCCAACAGAGGUCACCAUUCAGGCAAACUAUUCGAAACGCGACGUCCAUCCCAAAUCGCGAAAUUGUUCGACCCAGCUGGGUGGCUCUCCCCAUUUGUGGUUCAGGCCAAAAUCCUGA